CCAUUCGUGAUACGUUAAUAUCGUAAGACGGUCCUGCCACCCCAAAAAAAUUCGCUCGCUAACGUUGAGGUGGUUGCUACGUCAAAGGUUCACGCAAAAUGAUUGUUCUGAUUCGCAUCGAAUACCUUAUGUAAAGCAGGACAUGAGUAAUAGUUUGUUUCAUUUUUACAACGUGUUUUCGCGGUAUAAAACAAGAACGGUGGUAAUAAUCGAUAAACGUGAUACGGAGUAUCAUAAUAUUCCUGAUGUCGAUUACCGUAUUUUUGCGCAUCGCAAUCAUUUUUUAAACUGGUAUUCCAAUCAAAAAUCAUCUAACACAAUGUUCGACGGAUUGAGUAAAAAUCCCCAAUGACGCAAGCUUAACGUAAGCAUUUGGUCUCGAAUACAACAGAUGGCGCCAUUGCUAAUUCAUGAAUGGCAAUAUCCUGAAUGGCUGAAAUGUCAUUCAAGAAAUAACCUAUCACGAGGAGAACGGUUUCAGACGCUUGCCUGCAUCGAUUUGCAACCCUUUGCCUUGAGCACACAGCACGGAUUAAUGCCCUGUGUAUGGAUAAAGAGAAGAUGCCCGAAGUGUAAGUGGUUCUGUAUAUUCUGCGGGUCUGUUGCUGGAAGCAAUUUGCAGAACGAUUCCAAGGUGAUCGUAGCAUCAACGUCCAACACUAAUUCUUCAGCAACCGCAGCAGUCACUGGUGCAACCGUUGUGACUUCACCAUCUAGCACUCCCACCCAAGCCACCUACUAUCUUAUAUACCACAAUGGAUUUCAACUAAGUAUUCCACCGAAUACAGUGCCACCACCAUUUACACCUGCGCAUUUUACCAGUACGACCAACUCUGGCACAUCCCCUUCGUCGGGACAAGUUACACAGUCUGCAGUUGGCGGAGCUUAUAGUUUGCUUGCGAACACAUCAAUAACUGCUGCUGCAGCUGUAGGUACAAGAACAACAGCAGGAAAUACUUCAACAGCAACAACAACGAAGAAGGCGGCAACGAAUAAGUGAUGGGGUGAGUGCGUUUGAGGUAUCUGAAUAAAAUUAAGGACAGGAUUGCAGUGGAGCGCUGAAGAGAGCGACGAGCAAAACGUACUUUCAACUAAAAUGCUAAUAUACAUACCUAAGCACACAUGCAUGUAUGUGCAUAGAUACGUAUGUGCAUACAUAGCUACGCAUCUGCAUAGAUACAUACCAUGCGCAUAGAUACGUAUGCGCAUAGAUACAUAUACAUAUAAGUGUCCGCAUAUAUCUUUUCUCGUCACUUGUUCUGUCGCUUCACUGCAGCAAAACCAAGUUGUGGGGAAAACCCUGAC